AACCAAGUUAGAUCGAUCCCGAUGGGGCUAUAUAUACGCGGGGCAACACACAAUCUAGGAAUGUGCUGCAGACCUCAGAAGCCAUUUUGAGAUGAUGUCCCUGUUGAGAAACCCUAGGAAGAUGCUGAAAUCAACGAACAUGGUUACAUUUCUGUCUGUUUCUCCCUCCGUCUCCUCUCUUUCACCAUGGCAGCUGUCAACCGACGGGACAUUAGCAAAGCGGGGUAUCAAGCUGUGCUCACAGAGUUAAAACGUCAUUGAUAUGAAAGAGGAGAGUGUCUGUUUACUGUCUCUGUCGAGACAUGUAACACCGUGAGUUUUUUCCAGUCUGAACUCUUCCAGCAUCUCUCACAACCCAACGUCUCCUUGAGUGAACUGAGUUAACUCACUCUUGUACCGGAGAGAAGGGAGGCAGAUCCGUUUUCCAAUGGCUUCUGUGAGCCUUGUUUCCAGUCCCCCAGCCCCUGUUCUUGACAAAAACAUGACAGACUCUGAGCUUGCAGGGGAUGAAAGAGAGGAUGGCGAACUUGAAGAUGGAGAAAUAGAUGAUGAAGGGAUUGGGAUUGAAGAGGAAAACAAAGAGGCCACAGAGGUGAACGAAGACAAGGAGAAAGAGAAGGAAAAAGAAAAACCUAAAGAGAAAGAAGAAAAGACUCACAGACACUCCAGGAAAAGAUACAAAAAGACCAGAGAGAAGAGGAGGUCUAAAAGGAGGAGGCGCGACAGACAGAAACACCACUCCCCCUCCAGCAGCUCCAGCUCUGACAGUUACGACUCUGACUACGACCGACUAGAAAGGCCCAAAAACCGGAAGAGCCAGGGAUCUAGCCGUGAGUCCGAUGGCCAGUCCUCGCAGCACGGACGGGACUCAAAAGGAGGCCACGGCAAGUCCCCGCCACACAAGAGCAGUGAUUUUGACAAAUACAGCGACUACAGUGAUGACAAGUAUGACUACGAUGAAGAGGAGGAUGAUUAUGAAGAUGACAUGUCCGAGUAUCCACAGUCAAAAGAUUCAUCUUCCCAGAGUCAGGGAAAGGGGCGCCAUGCUAAAGACCAGAUGAAGAGAGGAAACAUGAGGGGGAUGAAACCACAGCAGUUUGGGCAGAGGGGAAGGGGCCGAGGAAGCGGACCAGGAAGAGGACGUGGGAUGCUCAACAAGAACAAGAAGCUGAAGGGCAAACCCUGGGGAGGACGUGGACGAGGUCGAGGAGGAGACCAGGGCAUGGAAGACAUGGCACCGGAAGGAAAAAAUUCUUCCGGUUUUCAGAAGAAACGGCCAAUUAUGAGCAAGGAGUUUAUCAAUCAGCACACAGUUGAACACAAUGGUAGAUACAUCUGCAAGUAUUUCCUGGAGGGUCGGUGCAUCAAGGGGGAACAGUGCAAGUUUGAACAUGAGCUCGUAGUACCGGAUAAGAAAAAGGAGCUUUGUAAAUUUUACCUCCAAGGAUACUGCAGUAAAGGAGAUAAUUGCAUUUACAUGCACAAUGAAUACCCGUGCAAGUUCUUUCAUACUGGAGCCAAAUGUUAUCAAGGGGACAACUGCAAAUUCUCCCACGAAGCUUUGACUGACGUCACCAAAGAGUUGCUUGAUAAGAUAAUUAACACUGAAGAGGAGAACGCCCGUGAGGACGAGUUGGAGCUGGAGGAUCUGAGAAAGCAGGGAAUCGCCCCACUUCCGAAGCCUCCUCCUGGGGUGGGGUUGCUGCCCACUCCUGGUCAGAGCAGUCCUACAGAUGGAGCCUCUGGCCAAGCAGGGAAGAAGAUCCCCUCACUGUUUGAAAUCAAGGUUCAACCUACUGUAGACUUGGCACACAAAAUUGGUCUGAGUGGAUCCAACUUCUCCCAGAAUCAAGGUGAAGGUGGAGGCUCGGAGGAGACGCAGAGCGGAGGUAUGGUGCCUUCAGGCCCCUCUGCUCCUGCUGUUCCUCCCCCUGGAUCACCUGUUCCUGUGGGCCACCCCACUGGGCCACCCAUGCCACAGAGCCCACCAGGACAACUACCACCACACGGAUUUCCAAUGCCACCACCAAUCCCCCCUGGUCAACCCCCACCCUUCCAUGGAAACCGACCAAAUAUCAACCCUCCGAUGAAUAUGCAGAGGCCUCCGUUCCCUCCAAUACCAGACAUGCAGAUGCUGCAAGGCCUCUUCCCUUUUCCAUCAUUGGGUCAGAACCCAGUAGAGUUCUUUAGUAACUUUCUCCGAAACCAGGCCAUGGGUCAACAAGGAGACCCUAGUGUGGCCUUCAUACAGCAGCAGAUGGGUGCAGAGUCACAGUUGCAGUCUUUACCACCUGCAGUACAGAAAGCCAUCUUUUUACACCUGACGCAACAACAAGAGUCACAUCCACAGGGGAGUGAGCCACAGCGAGCAGAGGGCCAAGAUGAUAAUUCAAACAGAGAUGAAACUACAAACUGGUACUCAAGCGAUGAGGAGGAUGGGAGCUGUGUUUCCUCCAUCCUUAAAUCUCUAAAGAAGCAGAGCGAGAUGCAGCAGUCUCAGUCCAAGCCCCCCCAGGCUGCCGCGGUGGCGCCAGUGCUGGGUGACCCUCGCCUUGUGAAGGAGAGGGCCCCACCCAGUGACCCCCGUGUGAAGACAGACCCUCGGCAGCGACCACCAGAUGUGAAAAAGGAGUUGGAUGGAGCUGCAGACCCACGGCUCUCCAGAGACCCCAGGAAGAUGAGACCAAUGGAGCCAAGUUCCUAUCGCCAGCAGACCCACCCUGCUCCUCAGAAGCCUCCUACAGGAGAUGAUGAUGAGGAAGGAGAAAGGGAGCUCAGGGACAAAGCUGUUCUCAUCCCUCUAGAUGCCAGCCCUGGUGUGGUCCUGCGGGACCCUCGUUGCCAGUUAAAGCAGUUUAGCCACAUCCGGGUGGACAUCCUGCUCCAGCGGCCAACCUUCGCUCAGACGGUGGUGUGGGCCCCUGAGGACCUCAUCCCUUCCCUUGUGCCCAAGCAGGAACACUCCAUCAACCUGCCCCUUCCACCCCUAAUUGCAGAUGCUCAGAUGAACCGAACAAGCAUGCCUGACCAUCCCCCCGUCUCUAGCCCUCCGCUGACUGACCCUAGACUGGCAGCUGCACGUUUGAAGGAACGUAUGAGUCGAUUGUCCUCUGGAUCUCUAGAGUCUCGAACCUCUGCAGAAAGACCUGCAGAUCCGCGUCAGCAGAAGACCUUGGACCCCAGACUCAAGCGUACAGGAAGUCUGGACUCCAAGCUGCUGGGUCAGAAAGAGCCCUCCGCUGGGGGAGGUGUUGUGGACCCAAGGCUGCAGAAGGCCAGUGCUAGCUCCUCUCCUCAUACUGCUCGAGCCAAGCCAGAGCCUGAGAAGCUGCCACCGUAUGCCCCCCGUCUGGCAUCCUCUGGUGGAGGGCUAGAGAGUCCCACCACAAUCCUCGGGGGCAUCAGUCUGUACGAUCCUCGUAAUCAGACCGAGCAGGCUCAGAAGGAGCAAGCAGAGCCUCCUAAAAAGGUGGGGAUUCUGAAACACCCAGAUAAGAAAGACAGUACUCCACCACCAUCACUCUCACCAACCCAACGAAGUGGCUCUUCCGAAGAGGCCAAAAGCACAGAGGUUGCCUCAGAUCAGCCUCCACCUUCCAGUUCCCCCACAGUGCCUCCUGCCUCACCUGUGAAACCCCCCGCAGUUCAUAAUCUGCCCAUCCAGGCACUGGCCGGGUUGAUCCGACCACAGUACACUGACCCCAGGCAGGCUAAGGUAGGAGGACAGGGCUCCACAGGAGCACAAGAAGAGGCGGAGGAAAAGAAGGAGAAGGAGCAGGAGCAAGAGGAAGCCAUGGAGGAAGAACCAAAACAGGACAAUCCAGAGGAGGACGCAGAUGACAGGACACUUAAAGACGUGUUCAAGACUUUUGAUCCCACUGCUUCCCCCUUCUGUCAGUAAACACUAUUAAUUUUUAUUUAACUUUACAUGAAUCUAUUUAUUUCUGUACAUAAAUAUUCUUGUAUAGAAUCACAUACUAUCUGGUGCACCACACAUUUGUCAGUAUGGACAUGAUGCUCGAUAUAUGCACAGACACACACGCACACACACACACACACACACACACACACACACACACACACACACACACACACACACACACACACAGUGCAUAGGUCUUUUUAACAUAAUCAUAUUAAUGCUCAAGUGUGUAUUUUGAAAGUCUGUUAAGGUCUUUUAUCAAUGUGUGAUUUCCAUGUACAUUUUAAACAACCAGAAAACAAGGAAUUAUGUUAACUUGUAUAGUUUUCACGAAGGACUGACCCAUAUUGUUGUUCAGUAAACUUGUAUUACUAUGAGUUUAUUCCAGGCAUUACACUCUGUAGAAUAGAUCAUUCAUUCACUCUGUUGCCAGAGACAAAAUGCUAUGUGAUCGAUAAAAUGAACCCCCUUGAGAUUUUUUGUAUUUACUUAUUUAUUUCAAGACACUUUUAUAUUAUGAGAUUUUUAUGUUUAUGCUCACUUUUAUGAGAAGGGAUUUUUUCACAAUAAGUCAACAGAUUUACUGUUUUUUUUCCUACCACACCCUGAUAUGAGUUUGUGAUUUGUCCUCUGACACGAUCAGGUCACAUAAUCGAAAAAGAAUCCCUGCAGGUCCUUUUUAAUGCACAUUUCCAAGAAAGGCACAUACAGGCUACAUAAUGCUGAUAUUGAGAUACAGAAGUUUGUUCAUCAUUAGGAACGGGCUAAAAUGUAUGUAGCAGUGACUGAUUGCUGUUUCCUUUUACAGUGUUAAAUUUCUCUACAAUUAAGCUUGCUUGCAGAAAUGUUUGUGCAAUACGUAUGAGACAGUUCCCCGCUCACCUGAGAAGAAAUUCUGUGUGGUUUUUGUAAAAUUGCAGCCGUUCAAUUUCUGUUUUGUGAAUUGACUUUUUUCAUUUUAAGUGGCCCUAUGUGUUGUAGGCUUUUCUGACUUGCGAACCAGUUAAUUAAUGAGUUUGUGGAGUAAAUUAAUAUUGGUUACUUGAUUUGAUUUGUCAUGCUUCAAAACUCUCACUGCUGACAAGCUUGUAAAUAAGUUGUUUUCAUCAGAAUAACAAAUGAAAGAAAGAAAUAGAGUGUACUAUAGAAAGAAAGAUGCAGAUAUAUAUGAUACAGAUACGACCUUUAUGACUAUGUUUCAUGUUGAAUUAUUUUUAGUUGACUAGAUGAACUCACAUGGGGUUAUGUUUGCUACAAAGAGUGAAAGUUGUAGGCUUAAGAUGGCAUAAUGCUAGGCAGUGUGUAUUAUUUGACAGUUCUGUGUCUUUUGAGGUGAACUAUCCUUGUUUGACCGAAAGUGAAGCUGUGUGUCCUUUUUUAUCGUUUUCAUAAGUCACAUUGUAAAUGCCUAUUUUGUAUCACAUGUACAGUCUGUUUUUGAGUGUUUUAAUGAAUGCUAUAUUUUUUUCCUGUCAGUUUGGUGAAUAUGGUUGUAAUAAUACUGUAUGACAUUUUAACAACACAUAUGCCCAUCACAUUUCAGUGAUUUUAUUAUGAAUAUCUGAAAUAAAGAGAUCAAACAUA